UCUAGCCAUGAAAAUUCAACGUAUUUCCGGUUCUGACCUAACUCAAGCGUUUAUGCGUUAACGCCGCUCUGAGGAUUAUUUUUGCCUGCCACAAAGUUCGGGCCUCCAAAAAAGUGCGCUCUAUUUUAUUUGCUGGACAGUUUUAUGUUUAUUUUUGCACCUGAUUAGCGGACAAUUAAUGCGAAUCGGCUAUUAAAGGCUGCCUUAAAUGUUAAAUACACACGGAGGCAAAAGUAAUUAAAUUAAAUUCCGUGCUGGACAAAGAAUAACAAGGAAGUGUCUGUACAAAGUUCAACAGUAAAAAUAAAAUAAAAUAAUAUAAUAUGGAAACUGUGUGAGCAAUCUACGUAUGAAAAGCCAACGGCGGGAAAAGCGUCAGCUGCGGAAAAGUAAACAUAAAGUUUUGGAUUCUAUCAGUGGCUGUUUGCACAGCAUCCGGGACUUCAUAAUUCCAUCCGGUUGUAUUUAAAUUAUACUUAAGGUGCCUCCGCGAAACGGAAUACCCACAUGCCGGAGAUACAGCCAUAAUCCGGUGCAGAUCCCCAAAAAAAAGCAAAAAAUGGGCCAAAUGUCAAUGAGUGACUGGUCGGUGGCAGGCGACAGGAAAGCAAUUCACGUUCUCGCCGAACGAUAAGCUAGCUGCUGGCCAAAAAACAGAAGAGAGAGAUACACAAGUGCGAUCCCCAAAGCCAAGUCAAUGACCCUCGUCCGGCUAUCAACGACCAGAUGGCUGCUAUGGCUGCUCUGGACGCUCCUGCCGGCGGCGGUCCUGCCCCUCCAAACAGAUGCCGCCCACGCCCAUGCCGCCUUUUCGCUGCCCGCCGUACCGCUUCCGCCGCCUCCCCCCUUCUCGCCCGGCCAGAAUCAGUUUGCGUUUAACGCCUUCGCCGGCGAGCAUGCCUCAGGGGGCGGGGGCCACGCCCCAGCCAGCUCGCCAGGAUGCGGGGGCGUGCUGAAGGAGCGACAUGGCAUCGUCCAGACGCCCAAUUUCCCGCAUCGAUUCGGCACGCCCAUCGAAUGCGUCUGGGUUAUCGACGCCUCCGAUAUGCCGCCCCAGGGUCAGGGCAACGUGUCCAUCGUGGUGUACCUCACCCAGCUCUACGUGCUCAGCGGUCUGAAGUUCACGGAGUACAUGUACUACUCGGACGACUUCAAGGUGCCCGCCCACCGGGUCUUCACGCUUACCGAGGACGACGUGACCCAGGUCACCUGGGUGCAGUUCCACAGCCAGUACCUGGAGAUACGGUUCACCAUGGCCACGCUGGACGGAACCCAUCUGAGGGCCCUGGACCGCCUGCUGGACGUCUACGGGUUCAACAUCACCUACGAGGUGCAGAACGAGGUGAAGGCGGCCCAGUGCAACGCGCUGCAGUGCCGCUUCCUGGGCGAUUGCUUCGCCAGCUCCGACUUCAGCUCCUACGGAUGCUCCUGUUUUCCCGGCUUCAGCGGCAGUGACUGUGGUCAAGGUCCACUGUGCGAGGACCUGCACACCAACGUGUGCCAGAACGGCGGCACUUGCAAGCACAUCGGCGACGCCGCCAUAACUUGCCACUGUCCGAAGGGCUUCAAGGGGACCAGAUGCGAAAUACCCGAAAUAAACGAGACGACGCAGGGCUGCACCAGCAACACCAGCUCCAUCGAAUGCCAUCAGGCCUGCGAUUUUGACAAUUUCCGGAGUUCUGGUUCUGCGUCUGGUUCCACCUCUGCCCAGAGUUAUUCCGCCUUGAAGAGCAACCGGAAUUCGGCUCGCAGUGGCAAAACCCGAUACGAGGUGACCAUGCGACUUGGUGCCAAUCUCACGGGAUACUAUCGACAUGCCGACCGGGAGCAGUUGUCGGGCGUUAUGGAGAGACAGCUCGGUCGUGUGUUGCGCAACUUCAACAUCACCAAGAUAAGCGAUCUGGAGCUGAUUUCAAACUCCACCGAUCGCCUGGACAUAACCUUCCACUUCUUCGGCGUGAAGGGCGACUCUCAGAGGAUUCGGGACGCCAUCACCAGGAUGGUGGAGCGCGGGCGGAUUGGCAACUUCACCCUGGUGGCCAAUUUCCACCACUUCGACGAGAACCCGCCGCUGGGCUUGCUGGAGCUGACCGUCAAUCAACCGCAAUCAGGAGUCCGCGAGGCCAGCGAGUUCAUCAUUUCCUGCACCGCCCAGGGCUCAUCCCGGAUGCAGUUCCAGUGGUUCAAGGAUGGCGCUGUGGUGAAUGCCACCAGGGCGACGAGGGAAAUCUGGACCACGGUCCUGCCGCCCGAGACCAAAGACGUCUACACCGCCAUCCUGGGCGUGACCAAGGCGAGUCGCAUCGACGAGGGCGUCUACAGCUGCAAGGUCACCGACUGGGGCGUGGAGCAGUGCCGCUCGCUGCACAUCCACAUCAAGUCCCCGCCCCGCCUGCGCGUGGAUCCGGCGAGUGUGACCCUGCAGCGCGGAGAUUCCCUGCGAGUGAGAUGUCUGUCCCCGGGGAACGAUGACAUCAAGCGGUACGCCCAGCUCGGCUACAGUUGGACCCGCAACGGGGUGCUCUUCCAGUCGGACGCGGCCACGGCGAUGUGGGAGGACCUGUAUCCCGACGGCAGCAUCCUGAAGAUCAACAACAUCCAGAAGUCGGCGGAGUACGCCUGCCUGGUGUCCAACAGUGUACGGCCGGUGUCCCGGAGUGUCUACAUCAAUGUCAUCGAACGGAAUGCGGUGCACGUGUGUCCUGCGGAGUCCACCUACGGAGUGCACUGGCCCACCAGUGCGCCUGGGGCGCCCAUCAUCACCGACUGUCCGCGGGGGUUCGAGGGGCACCUGCGCCGCAUCUGCGAGCAGCGGGACACGGGCAACUCCACCUGGCUGCUGCCGGACUUCUCCGGCUGCGUGCGCGACGAGCUGCUGCUCAUCUACAACCGCUUCCUGGCCCUCAGCGCCGGCUUCCAGCAGACGAACUCCUCCAACAUCCUGAAGGCCUGCUUCGACUUCACCCUGCAGAGGCGGCACAGCUUCCUGCCCGGCGAGGCCAGCUUCCUCAUCGACAUGCUGCACGAGCUCGACACCUACCUGCAAUUGAAAGGCACACAACUGGAGCGUGAGAUGGCCGCGGAGAUAAUACUGCGCAUCCUGGAUAAAGUCAUGCAGAAUGCCCAAUCCCUGAACAGUCAACAGCAAAUUAAAAAGCUGCAGCAGCUGACACAAUCGGCGGCGCUGAACCGCGAGACCAUCGCGGCCUCCCAGCUGGCCACCUCCACCAGUGGCAGCAGCCAGAGUCAGCCGGCGGCGGGCGACGAUGGCAGCGGGUCAGGGGUCACGGCAGGUGAGAUUUCCGUGGCCCCGGCGGGAGGCCCGCAGGCAACACGAGCCGGCAGCGGAGGAGGCACAGCAGCAGGAGCGGGCGCAGGAGCAGGAGCAGGAUCGGCGGCGGGAGCAGGUGCCUCCAGCAUCCUGACCAUCGACGAGGACACCCUCUCGCUGGACCGACUGAACUCGCUGCGCAUUUACAUGACGUCGGUGAAAACGCUGCCGUUUAAUUUACGCAUUUACGGGGAGGAUUUGUUUUCGGACCAGCUGUACAUGGACAUCGGACUCUCCGCCCGUCUGCUGCACAUCAUGGCCAACUCAACGAUUUUCGCCUCGGUCAUCUCGUACAAGAAUCUCAAAAGUUUCCUCCCCAGGACCUACUACACGCGCGGCAGCGAUCCCAGGGACUCGGACUACGUGCUGGCCUCGCGGAUCAUCCAGACGUGGCUGUUCCAGUCGAACCGCUCCAACGACAACUUCCGCGAGCCCCUGGACCUGCCCUUCGAGGCUGGCCAUGUGGAGAUAAUCUUCCAGCACGAGAGCGUUCCCAAAACGGGUGACUGGGUGGCCGUGUGCGGUCACGACUACAAGGCCUCCUUCGACUCCACCUGGCGAUCGGACCUGUGCAUCACCAAGCACCUGAUGGCCAACAUAACGCGCUGCAUCUGCCCGCUGUCUGGAACCUACGUGGUCAUGCUCACCAAGCGCCAGCCGAAUGCCACCCCGUCGCACGUCCCGCGGCGCCCCAUCUUCGUGAUCGCCAGCUGCGCCUGCUGCCUCCUCCAGUGCGGAUCCGCCCUCCUCAUCCUGGCGCCCAUCUGGUGCAGUCGCAAGUGCGCCGUCACGUUCCUCAAGAUGCAGUUCUGCGUGUCCACGUCGAGUGUGAUGCUCAUCUACUUGCUGGGAUUCCUGAAGAUGCUGCCGGUGAGCUGGCACAGCAUCAUUAGCAGCUCGCUGGCCUCGCUGCUGUUGCUGGGCAUCUCCACGCUGAUUGCCAUUGCCCUGGCCAUCCACACGGAGCUGAUGCCGCAGAAGUAUCUGCAGAUUGGCAGCAAGCCGGGCACGCCGACUAAGAGGCGCCUGGAGCGGGAACGCGAGCGGGAUCUCGAGAGUUUGAGCAACAUCACGCAGAUCCGGGCUCAGUCGCCCCUGGGGGCCGCCACCACCACCGCCGCCUCCUCCAAUCCCGGCCAGCGCCGCCUGCCACCCACCAUAUCAUCUGCCGCGGGAAUGCGCGGCGCCAUCGGCAUCAGCUGGCUGCUGCCGCUGCUCUUCGCGGUGGCCGCCCCGCUAAUCUGCAGCAUCAUUGGCCAGUGGCCGCGUCACUGGUGGCUGGAGGUCCUCCGGACAGGAUCUCCGUUCCCGGAAGCAGCAGGCACGGGCAAAGAGGAGGCCACCUACUCCAGCCACUCCCUGCUCAAUGGCGAUAAUUUACUCCUCGAGUCGGAGGCUUUGAUGGGAAAUGGCACCAGCAGCCCGCCGCCAGCAGAGACUUCGUCUUCAUCCAGCGUAGAUGAUGAUGAUGUGGCCACCACGUCAACGUCAUCAAUCACGGGCCUGGCAACUGCAAGCAGCAGUGGCUUCAGGGCCGCCUCCACCGCCAGUGGCAGCGCCAGCGCCACUUCCGUUUCCGCCCUGGCUGCGCCUCUCACUUCCGGCCUGAGCGAGUCCUCGCUCUCUUUGAGCUUCAUCCUAUUCAUCUGCAUCGAUUUGCUCUUCAUCCUGCUCUUCUCGGCCCUGUUUGCCAUUUUAAUGAAGAAACUUUUGUGGUUGUGGCACAAGAAUCGCAAUGUGCAUACGCAUCCGUUGGAUAAAUUCAAUCUGGCUCUGCAGAGGCGAUUCGGCUUACUCUACCGGGCGGGCGGACUGCUCCUGGCCAAAAUCAGCAGCGAUGGACUCUUCAUCGUUUAUGUUAAUGCCGCACCGGAUACGGAUACACUGUGGGCAUAUCCGUUCGGCAUAUCGUGCAUAUUAUUGGGCUCGGCCAUCCUCAUCUGCUUCGUCAUCAGGGCCGAGAGCCAGCUGCGAGGACCCCCCUUCCUGGGCAGCAACGGGAGCAGCCAGAACAGCUCCCUCAAGCAGGCCAAAUUCACCACCAGCCGGAGCAGCCUGGACGAGAACUACUGCACCACCACCACCACCAUGACGACGACGGCCAAUGUGAACAGUCCGCUGAGCUUCUACACCAACCACGACAAGGAGAAGGAGAACGACUGCGCCGUGUCCUUGUCAAUGUCCAAUGCAGGCGUGUCCUCCGCAGCAGGCGGAUCCCUGGCCACGUCAGCCGGCCCCGGGGCCCCGCCCCUGCAAUCGAAGGUGGGCCUGGAGCUGUCCGGAGCACCGGGCUCCGUGUCCGGACCCGGGGUGGCCCUGCCGCUGACAAUCAUCUCGACGGCGCCGCGCUGCCAGGCGGGAGCGGAUGGAGCGGCCGAGUCCUUCCUGGGCGACCGCCAGACCCUCUCCGUGGCCCCCUCCCCGGACACCCGUUGCUGUGCCAUCCUGGGCGGUGGAACUGCCUACGAUGCGUACACUAUGGGCAUGGGCAUGGGCGUGGGAGUGGGCAUGGGAGUGGGCGUGGGCGGACUCACUGGAAGCCUGGGGAGGCGCACGUUGCACCAGCAGCAUUAUCGCCCAGGACCCUGCGGCGAGUUCGUGGGCGUCGAGACGCUCGACAUCCUGCAGGGCGUGGCAGCCGACAGUAUAAUUGGCAUUCACACCAGUGCCAUAAUGCCGAAUGCCACAAGCACUUCUCAUUAUGUUCCGCUGCAGCAUAAUCCCUACGUGGACUUUGUGCCCAGCUCCCUAAUCCUGAGCAUGGCGCCACCACCAACCAUCAGCGGAAACCUGAGUGGGGCUGGGAUGCCAGCGAUGUCCCUGCCCACCCAGACGCCCAAGACGCAGAAGCGAGUGACCAUCCUGGAGCCGACGUCCCGCACGACCUUUGACCCCCUGCUGCCCACCAUGGUCUCCAUGGCCGCGGUCACCACCUCCAGCGUCACCAGCACGGCGACCACGACCCCAGCCACGCCCACUGCCACGCAGAGUGGCUGCGGGGGCAACGAUGCCACCCUGGAUCGCAUCACCCUCGAUCUGGAUUACCUGCUGAACAGGGGUGCCGUGGACGGCACAGACGGGGGAGGUGGACCACCAGCGCCCUCCAGCGAAGAUAGCCAGCAGAAGCAAUAGCAAUAUCCGUAAGUUGGGUGCCACUAAGAUGCAUUUAAGAGGCUUCGUUUUUCUAUCGAAACAUGUAAAUAUAUGUAAAUCAAUUUCACCCACUAACUACAGUAGAAAUCUCUGUGAAUAUUCAUCAGAUAUGUGUGCUUAACAUGGAUAACAAUCGGUUGAACACCUGGUUUUACCCAAAACUUUAUCAAAUGAGCCCAUCCAGUCUUAGUUUGAUUACGAACCCAUGAAAUGUUCAAAGUUCAAGUCUUUUAAAGUGAUUUUCGAACAUCAAUCAUACCUAGUCUCGUACUUAGCAUACAAAUUAAUAUUUACGUCAUUGCAUAUGUAAAACAAAUUGAAAGAAUUUAAACUAACGAUAACUUUUUAGCUAGAUUUACAAAAGGCCUAUUGAACAGAACACAAUGAAAAUGAAAAAUUGAAGAGCGAGAACACGGUUAGGUGUGAACAUGUUUUUGAUUCCAUUUAAAGUUUCCUAGAAUUAAAGCAAAAUUAAGCCCCAAAUUAAGAGACAAGGAUAAAAGAAAAACCUACAAAAUACAAUAAUUGUAAAACUAAUAAACGUAACAGGACUAUUUCUGGAACAAAACAAAUUAUACAGAUAUAUCUUUAAAUAAA